GUUCUUUGUAAAGCUCUGCUAGGUAUACUUCAUUUCUUAAUCGCGGGGUGUACAGAACACUGCAGUGACCGGUGCAUGUAAUAUAUAAUUCGAAGACCCACUACACCAACCUCGAAACAAUCCAAGAAUGUUCCGUAGUUUUCUGUUGCCUCGAAGGAGAAAAACGAUCUAUUGUAUAGUGUUUCUGUUGUUGGUGAUCGUGUUAUUUAUUCGUGGUUUUCAUCAUCCGCGUCCUUUCCUAUUUAGAGAACGUCCAACUGUUCCAAGCGUAGAAUACAACUUCAAUAAUAUACCUUACAGACAACUGAAAAAUGGAAGCUGCGCUUUACAGAAGAAUGGUCAAUGGAACUGUCCAGAUAUUCGUACCGAAGAACACAACACGCUUCGACAAAUGCAACUGGUUAUGAUGCGAAUGUUGUUGAUGUUCGACGCGUUAGCGAAGAAAUAUAAUCUAAGUUACUGGAUUACACGGGGAACUCUUUUAGGAGCAGCAAGGCACCAAGGAUUYAUCCCAUGGGAUAGUGAUUUAGAUAUUGAAAUGCCAAUUGAAGAUUAUUUAAGGUUUCUUCAUAAAGGAGCAGAAGAGUUGCCGUCAGAUACAUUCCUUCAGCAUCACCAGAAAGAGAAACAGUUCUUUCAUUCCGACUACACAGACAGCGACAUUUUGCAUAUUAACUCGCAUCAAAAGCAAAAGCUUUUAGAUAUUUUAAUAGUACCUUGGAAUCCUCGAUUCAGAGAUAAAAAGAGUUGUUAUAAAAACUGUCUGAAACCCAAAUGUUCCUGGCAUGAUGGUCUUCAGAUCGACAUAUACCCCAUCGCUUUACAAGACGGGUAUUAUCAAGAUCAGUUUAUUCGAUCCAAAGUAAAGAAAGCAUGGCGUUUUAUUGGUUGGAUCUUAGGCUUAAAUACUGAUGGUUACAGAGCAUUCCCGCUGAGAGUGUUACGAUUCGAGGGCUUUGAUAUAUCUGUUCCAAAUCAAUGGGAGAAAUUUUUGGGGAAUGUUUAUGGAAGGAAUUAUAUGGAUUUGCCUCCGAAAGAAAAACAGCAGUUUUAUGAGAACCAGUUACCUGAUCCAGUUCACGCAUGUUCAGAAUUCAACGAGGACGGUAACCUAAAGCCCACUUUAAAAAAUAAUUCUUGAGUGAUCCAGCCAGGAUUUCUGAACCUAGAUUUCUGGCACAACUUGGCCUACAUGUAGGAGGACUUAGUACUUAUGUYAGCUUUUCAUUUGUGCCUGGGAAGGCAAUGUUUUUUCACCGUUUCCAAUGUAAAUUGUGGCCGACGUGAAAACCAUCAAUUACAAUGGCCUUAUUUCGCUAAACUAGAAGCAUUUUGCUUGACCCCUGACGGUGUUAGAAAAGUCAAAAAAUAAUUUUUCAUAAGCAUUUUUCAUAAUCUAACAAGGGGGAACAAAUCUAUUGUAAGAAUUUUAAGCUUACUUUACAAACUAGCAUCGUCAAUUUUAGGCUCAGUUACGGUAUUUUYUUUACCGUAAUUUGUUUUCCAAUAGAACGAAACUACGAGUACAAAAUACUACUACAAGUGGUACAAAGUUUUCACUUAUAGUUCAGGAUCAACUAAAAAGACAGUUUUCCAAGUACUGCACUGCUAGCUUUCUUCCAGUUUUGAAGAUCAAGAUAUUUUUCAGUCUCUCGGCUCCUUGUGCAUUCAAAGUGUUCAUAAGCUGAUUUUCUUGAGUGUUUGUACAGGUUGAAUGUCCAUUUAACGAUCUGAACUUUGAAAACGUUUAUUUGAAUUUUCAUUUCUUCUAGUAGUUAAAUGCUUGUUUUCUUUGGCUUUUUUGCUAAAAUUUACAAGCAAUUCUCCUUACUUGUUGAACAAAUGCGAUAAACCAGUUGUGUGCCAGCCCGUACAGAGCUUCAUUACCUGUCAAAACUGGACCAAUCAAGAUAGUCAUACGGCCUACGGCCUACGACUCUUGAUUUCUAUAACUCUUUUCGUGCGCCCUACAGCUCCAAUUAUGAUCUACAGCUAAAACUUCCGGCAAUAAAUGACACUGUUUUAUGCAAACGAAUUCCGGUCAUGGAAACCGCAAAACCACGUAUAACUAUUUGGCGGUCAAUACAUCUUUCCAACCAUGCUUCCCGCAGUUAAAGUGAAAGUUAAACAGUAUUGCUCGAAUUUGCUUCUAAUGGCGGUACUCGAGACAAUCGUGAAUUUAUUAGCCCAACCACAAUUCUGAUCAGAAUCAGAAGUUGAAUCGUGCAUUUUUGAUGUUCUAGCUUUGCAUUAACAUUCAAUGUUGAAAUAAAAACAACUCACCAGAAACUGGGCCACUAAAUCGAAAUAUAUAUGUGCAAUAUUUA